ACGGUGAAUAAAGGGCUUGAAGCUGGAAAAAGUAUAGCCGAAAUGAUUAAAAACAAGGAAUUUGAAGAUUUCUUGAAAAGGAUAGGGAAAAGUCUUGGUCCUUACCUUGGUGCAAUAGGUCCCUUCAUGAGUUUCAUAACCGCAAUUUUUCAAACCGAAUCUGCUGAGUUGGCCUACAUGAAACAGAUGAUGAAAUAUAUUGAUUCACGUUUUGAUCAAAUGGAUAAGCGAUUCGACACUAUCGAACAGAUGAUUAAGUGGAACGUCGUGCAAGUCAAUUUCGGGCAGAUUGAACAAAGGAUAAAGGCAAUGGCACGAGAAUAUAGAUAUCUGUAUAUUGUUCCAACUGUUGCUGCGGAAAAUAGAAAGAAGAUUUAUAUUUCGAAUUAUGAAAGUGAUUACCAGAAUAGCGGCACGAAAUUGUACCAAUCCAUUCUCAACAAACAAGGUACGUUUCAAGAAGAUCUGGGUACUUCUGUUUUGCGUUAUACUGACAGUGAUCGCACAAAGACACAGUUAUUUCUUCGCGGAGUUAUGCAGCUUCUCUUGCAGGCUAUUAAAAUAGAGUUGGCCUAUCUUUUUUCCUACAAAUAUGAUCAUAAUGCAAAUUUUAUGAAGUCACAAUGGAUAAAUAGAACAGAGGAGGUUCGAGAAAAGUUCAAAGACAUUGACGAUCAGUGUAUAAAAGUUUAUUUCGCCAAAUCCAAAAAGGAUAUUGAUGAAUAUUCCGCCAAAAACUAUGGUAAACCGAAUAGUCAAUUUGCCACUGAACUAUUCAAUUUGCUUUCUGGAAAGUACUUCUGGAGGGAUUGGAUUGUUGUCACCUAUAACCCCAUAAAAGGCCAAACAAAGCAUAUGAUGAGUGUCAAAGGAGGACACAUGCUAUUAUGGAAACAUGGAAGAAACCUGUUAGUGACGAGUGUGGACAAGAAUCAUCAGGUCAUGAAUAUAUCAAGAGCUAAAGAGCAAUUGAAAAAAAUUUCCGUGAGAUAUUCGAUUGGCAGCGGUUGGUUUUCAAGAUCUCGAUACAUCAAUCGAUCGGCAAAAGAUAUAUUUAACAAGAUAGAUAAAACAGGAACCUCACUAGUUAUUGUCAUAGAGUGUGCGUGGAAUGCAGCAGCUCUAAAAUGUGACAAAAACAGGCUCUUAUCCGAUAAAAGAUGUCCAUAUCAUUGGAUAAUCAUGUGGGGUUGAAAGGUCUUAGAAAAUAUUUACAUAGUACUAUUGCGACUAGCUGAUAUUUUUUUUACAGCACAAUGACUUGAGUGUGUAGGUAAAGGUAAUAGUUUUGGUUAGCUUGCUUGCUAGCGGAACCGAAAAUGAACAUUUGUAUGUUUCGAAUAUUAACACAUUUUUUUAAACUACCUGACCUUUAAAAAUUUAGUGAUUUGUUCCGGCUUAGUGCCAAUUUGAGUGUGACGUCAUUCGAAAUUGUUGCAAGAUAUUUUCAAUUUUUUAAAUUUUUGACAGAUUUUGGCUUAAUCAACAUUCAGCAUAAUCGUCGCCCACAAAUUUUUUCACCAGCGACUACCUAGCUAGUUAUAAAGUACAUUCCCUGCUGAAGUAUUUUUUUCAUAUCGGUGUGUGGUACUGUAUGCUCUUAUUUUUUUAUAUUAAUAUGCAUGUAUUCGUCAAACUGUUACAACUAUGUGUAAUUUCGACCUGUUAUAAAAACAAAAUGUAAGGAGAUUUGGUAAAAUUACCACGGAGACAUAUACCAAAAUAAUAGGAUCAUAUUUACUGUUAUUUCAUUGCUAUAACUAAUGAAAAAGAAAUACUUUAAAACAAAUAGGUAUGUUAUAUUCAAGUAUUUAAUUCAUCAUUUGAUGAAGAAAACUUUAGAAAUGUUGAAAAGCAGUUGAUUUUAGGGACAGUAUGGCAUAUAUUUUCUUGUUAUGCUUUACAUCAGUCUGUCGUUUCAUUGCAUUACAUAGAAAGGCUACGAUUUAUAAGUCAGCGUCUUGUAAUUGUUUUGCUUAAAUCAGCAAUUUCUAUAUAGGUUAGGGGAAUAUGAUCUUAUUGAGCGACAAAUAUUAGAACAUAGCUCUAAACUUUUCUAAGUAUUUAUACAUUUCUUGCUUUUAAAUGUUUAAUUUUGAACGUUCCUAAUGAAAGCAGAGCGUUUCGGACGUACGAAAUUAAAUUACGAAUUACUACCUUUUUCAGUCAUAAGAAUUUGAAGUAUUUGUUAUCAUGGUGUAUAAUAGUCCUUUACCAAAAUACCAUCUUUGUUUCCAUUUAAUAAUUUGUAGCAAAAGGAUACAACUUUUAAGUAGAACAGAGUGUGUUUUUAUCUUAUCAUGAAACAAUUCAUAACCGGCGUAUUGAGAGGUUCAACAUAGUGUCCGUAUGGUUAUGUAAUCAGUCUAUAUAGAUAUUAGAAAUAAGAAAUAAUGUUAUGAAAUAAGAUAAAAGUUCAUUUCUGAAUGAAUGCCCAUUUACAUGUAACAUUGGCACCAUUAAGAAAACUCUCCAAAUCAACAUACAUAGAAUAUGGAUAAUUGGGAUGGGAUUAAAGAGAUAACAAUAAAGCGAUAAAUCGUGAAGAUAUAGUGUACAAUACUUCUUUAACCAUUCUUGUGUUAAUAAAUCAUAUACGUAUUACUUUCCAAUGAAGCAAACAGAUGACUUUAUACAUGAUGACGCUUGUGUUUGAUAUUUUUAAAUAAA